UGGUUUGUUUGCAUUUGAUUGUUAACUUCGACCUGGAUAGAUAAACCUUAGAUUAGUAACGUUUGAUAGAGGGACAUGAUAAAACGAAUACGUCGUCAUGCUUAUUUCUCUUGCAAGCCUCCCCUCUCUUUUAUGGUAACCACUGAUUACACGACUCUUAAUCUCUUACGGUACUGCUGCACGGCUAAAUUUUAUAAAGUGAACUUUCCGGGGCUUUUCUUCUAAGACUUACGUGCCAAGUACUGUUAGUAAUGUCUGAUCUCUCAAUGAAGUGUUAGAAUUUUGUGCUCUAUUUUUUCGUCAAUAAAGUAUAAUCCGUCCGUUUCAUGCCAAUCUUUUUCAUUCUAACGUCUUUUUGUUUUGAGCGAUUCAAAUUAGUCUCACCUCCUCCUUCCCCAAAAAGAAAAAAACAAUGCUAAAAUCGUAUAUUGUGAUCUUAUAUUAUUGUGUUAUUCAAUUGUGUCAGUUAAAGAACUAUUUGGUGGUUGGAAAAAGGGGUUUUCGACAACGAUUCAAACCUGAGGAUGACGUUGACCCUCUCAUCCCGUUAUUUCCUCACGAAUGGCCUCCUGAAGAAAUCAAAAGGAAUUUGAAAGCCAGCGAUGUCAUACCGGAUGUAAUACCGUGUAGUCCAAAGUACGUAAUUAAUGUCACGUAUAUCCCCGGCGUCACAGUGUAUUUUGGGAACAAGCUUGAGCCCGACGAAUUGAAAAAACAGCCCGUGAAAAUCGGUUGGCCGGUCACACCGGGCCAUAAUUACACACUUAUUUUAACAGGCGCUGAUGAACCGUCGGUUGCAAAUCAUGUAAAUCGGGAGCUCCUGAAAUGGUUGGUAGUUGAUAUACCAGGCUGCGACCUGCAUCAAGGCGUGGAACUUGUAAAAUAUGCUCCUGUGGAAAUGAUACAAAAAACGGGUCUUCAUAGGUACGUUUUUACUGUGUACGAACAGCCGAAAGAAAGACCAAAUUGGAAUGAAACAUCAAUUCAUGAUAAUAAAGACGAACGCAGGGUCAAGUUCUCAAACAGGAAAUUUGCGAUGAAGUAUAAUCUCGGUGAUCUUUAUGCGGCUAAUUACUUCCAUUCGGAGCCUGAACCCCCAAGCCGGAAAGGCCCAGGGCCCGAAAUUUACGAGAAGAAUUAUCGAUUGAAUGCCACUAAGACGGGUCUAAACGCAGAUCCAUGAACAAAUUAUGGAGAACUUUCGCUGUGAUUUGCGGAACAUUUCAAGAAUGACAUUACGCAAAAAUUGUUCAAGGGAAUUUAUAAUCCGCGCCCCCAAAUAAUCAAAGAAAGAAAGAAAUAACAGUCGAACUUUUAAGUUUGUUUUCUCAAGCGGAUGGAUAAGAUUAAAUUGUUUUGUUUUGAACUUAUCGCAGAGUCAAGAUCUGGCGAUGAGGCCGGAUAUUUUUGAUGAUGCCCGCAUUUUGGACCCUAUUCAUGUACAGGACGAUCGAAAGUAUUGAUGCUUGGAGAAAAAUUGACAAACUUUAAAUUUCUUUAUUUUCGACAAAACUUAGACUCAAAUUCAAUCCUCACAUUUUUACACAUAACAUUAAAAAGGAAUAAAAAGGAUAAAAAAGGUUAAAAGGUUUAAAAAGGAUUUUUUUUAAAAAAAAAAGAAAGAAAAAGAAAGAAAGAAACAUGCAGGUAGACGUUUAUUCCUUUCCAAAUCUGAGUUUUUAAAGUGAUUCAUCAAUUAAUAAAUAAAUUCACUCGAGAUUACAUUCGAGAGAAUAUUUAAAUAUAAUCCCUUUUUUCUACUCGGAAUAGAGCUUCCUUUUUAAUUGUGAAAUUUUCUAUUGAAAGGAGUCAAUAAAACGCACACCCACACACUGGAAAGUUUGAACCUUCUUGUAUUUAAAAAAAAAUGAAAAAAACCCUUACGUGUAACAAGAAAAUUCAAUGAAAAAUGUAUCCGUCGAUAA